CGGCGGCGCUGCGGCCGCGAGGGAGGGCAGCGGGAGCAGUGGGGCUGGGCGAGGAUCCCCGGGCCAGCCCAGCGGGCUCUGCCGUGGCGACAUUCCGGCCGACACUUGGGACCCUGCGGGCGGCGUCGCAGGUUGAGGAAGUGAAGAGAAUAGGCAUAAAUGGUGGGAAAUUUCCAUCAACUUGGAAAACACAAUAGAAUAAAUAAUUCUUGGCCACGAGGUGAGAGCCCAGAGAGUCACAAGGUCAAAGGAUCCUGUCCCAUUUGUCUGUGGUGACAGCCCCCCUCCCCCCAAAAAGGAACGCCUCACCCUUGAACAAUGCAAGUGUCCCUGGGAAGCUGAAAAGGUACAUGCAAAUGAUGAAAUAAAUCACAUCAUUUCAGAAAUUUCUGCUUGGCAGAUUAGCCAGACAAGAAGGGCCAAUCUAUCUACAUUCUGAGUGCCGCUGUCUACAAGACCCUCAUAACAGAGCUGAGGCCCAAGUCCAGCGUGCCACCAUACCCCACCCCAGACAUUACUCUGGGGUCUGCCUGAGGCCAUCAGUGUGAAGAUGACCAGUGCCUUCCUAGCAUGACUUCCUUGGACCAUGUGAUUGCUACCCACCAGUCAGAGUGGGUCUCCUUCAAUGAGGAGCCACUCUUUCCUGUUCCUUCUGAGGGGGGCACCGAAGAGCACCUCCCAGGACUGUCUUCUUACUCAGACCGGUCUGAGAGCUCCUCCGGGGAGAACCAUGUGGCACAUGGAGGCUCUCAGGAACUUUCCCACUCAGAGCAGGAUGACUCCUCUGAAAAGUUGGGCCUCAUCUCUGAAGCAGCGUCCCCUCCUGGGAGCCCCGAACAGCCCCCACCUGACCUGGCCUCGGCCUUCAGCAACUGGGUUCAGUUUGAAGAUGACACACCCUGGGCCAGCACGUCACCACCUCAUAAGGAAACAAGGGAGACAGCCAUACCAUUGACCAUGCCCUGCUGGACGUGCCCUUCCUUCGACUCCUUGAGGAGAUGCCCUGUGACCUCUGAGAGCAGCUGGACCACACAUUCUGAAGACACCAGUAGUCCUAGUUUUGAUCCCUCAUACACCGACCUGCAGCUUAUCAAUGCGGAGGAACAGAUGAGUAGCAGGGCUUCUCAGACUGACUCGACUGGUCCAGCCCAAGUGCCUACUCCUCUGGGAAGCCACCUUGGAUUCCUUGUCAUGCGCCCCAGAGAUGCACCAACACCCCAAGACGAGAGGACGGAGUGGCAGACAGGCAGGCAGACGGCGGUGAGUCCUGUUCAAGCAUGCACGGAGCAUACCUCUACCUGCACCCAAGUCCUGGACCCCUCACCACCCUUACCCCACCCCAGGAGGAGCCAGAGCCCCUGCGGGGGUCCGGAGGGGGCCUCUGCUCCCAAUGACAGUUCUUCCUCACUCCAGGAAGAUGAAGAGGUAGAGAUGGAGGCUGUCAGCUGGCCGGCCAGUAGUCCAGCCACGAAUGGACACCCUGCAACUCCAGUGACUUCUGCUCGUUUCCCCAGCUGGGUGACUUUUGAUGACAAUGAAGUCAGCUGCCCUUUGCCACCAGUCACCUCUCCCCUGAAGCCAAACCCACCACCUACUGCAUCUGUGAUCCCAGAUGUACCUUAUCACUCAGCUGGGUCAUUUAAGAAGAGGGAACGUCCCAAGAGCACAUUGAUGAACUUUUCCAAAGUUCAGAAGCUGGACAUUUCCUCCUUAAACCAUCCGCCUUCCAUAACUGAGGCUCCACCUUGGAGGGCAACCAAUCCUUUCCUGAAUGAGACUCUGCAGGAUGUACAGCCUUCCCCCAUCAACCCUUUCAUUGCUUUUUUUGAGGAGCAGGAGAGACGCUCCCAAAACAAUUCCAUUUCCAGUGCCACAGGCAAAAGCCAAAGAGAUUCUCUCAUUGUCAUCUACCAAGAUGCCAUCAGUUUUGAUGACUCAAGCAAAAACCAGUCACACUCUGAUGCCGUUGAAAAACUCAAACAACUCCAGAUUGAUGAUCCUGAUCACUUAAGCAGUGCGACACUACCAGAUGAUGACCCGAAAGCCUGGAUUGAACUAGAUGACCACCCACCUGGUUCAGUGCUGUCCCAGCCCAGGGAUGGAUGGCCAAUGAUGCUAAGGAUCCCUGAGAAGAAAAACAUCAUGUCGUCUAGGCACUGGGGACCCAUCUACAUCAAACUGACAGACAGUGGUUACUUGCAGCUGUAUUAUGAGCAGGGCCUAGAAAAACCAUUCCGUGAGUUCAAGCUGGAGAUCUGCCAUGAAAUUUCAGAACCCCGGCUCCAAAACUAUGAUGAGAAUGGCAGGAUCCACAGCUUGAGAAUAGACCGUGUCACCUACAAGGAGAAGAAGAAAUACCAGCCCAAACCUGCUGUGGCCCACACAGCAGAGAGGGAACAAGUGAUCAAGCUGGGCACCACCAAUUACGAUGACUUCCUCAGUUUCAUCCGAGCCGUUCAGGACCGGCUCAUGAAUCUGCCAGUGUUGUCAAUGGACUUAAGCACAGUGGGCUUGAACUACCUUGAAGAGGAGAUUACUGUGGAUGUCAGGGAUGAGUUCUCUGGCAUUGUGAGCAAGGGAGACAACCAGAUUCUCCAGCACCAUGUCCUGACACGGAUCCACAUUCUGAGUUUCCUCUCUGGGCUUGCAGAGUGCCGCUUGGGCCUCAACGAUGUCCUUGUCAAAGGGAAUGAAAUAGUUUCCCGGCAGGACAUCAUGCCGACCACCACCACAAAGUGGAUCAAGCUCCAUCAGUGCCAUUUUCAUGGGUGCGUGGAUGAGGAUGUAUUCAACAACUCACGGGUUAUUCUGUUCAACCCUUUGGACGCCUGCCGGUUUGAGCUAAUGCGGUUCAGGACAAUAUUUGCAGAAAAGACCUUGCCUUUCACACUCAGGACAGCAGCAAGCAUCAAUGGGGCAGAGGUGGAGGUGCAGAGCUGGCUGAGGAUGUCAACCGGCUUCUCCUCUAACCGAGACCCUCUCACCCAGGUUCCCUGUGAGAAUGUGAUGGUUCGUUACCCCGUGCCCAGUGAGUGGGUGAAAAACUUCCGCAGGGAAAGUGUCCUGGGGGAAAAGUCUCUAAAAGCUAAAGUGAACCGGGGGGCAAGUUUUGGUUCAACUAGUGUAUCUGGUUCUGAGCCUGUCAUGAGAGUAACUCUGGGAACUGCCAAGUACGAGCAUGCCUUCAACUCCAUUGUGUGGAGGAUAAACCGACUGCCUGACAAAAACUCGGCUUCUGGUCACCCACACUGUUUCUUCUGCCACCUUGAACUUGGCUCUGACCGGGAAGUGCCUUCCAGAUUUGCCAGUCACGUGAAUGUUGAGUUCAGCAUGCCCACAACUUCUGCCUCUAAAGCUGCCGUAAGAUCCAUCUCUGUGGAAGACAAGACUGAUGUCAGGAAGUGGGUCAAUUAUUCUGCACACUACAGCUACAAGGUGGAAAUUGAGCAAAAAAAGAGUUUGAAGCCAGACUUUGAAGGAGAUGAAAUGGAAAAUCCCAAGGAGUGUGGGGUCCAGUGACAAAGCCCUACUGCAGGGGGCAUGACCCAAGUUCUCAUGAAUAGCUGAAGUUCAAGUCAGUACCUACCAUGACUACUCCAUGUUGGGAACAGUAUUUUGGACCUUCCUUUUGUAGUUACCUGUAUUUUAACAGGGAACCUUGAGGUGGUUGCUUUGGAGAGACCCUGAUAUGCCUGAUGAUGCACCUAGUUCACCUGACUUUUGGGGCUUAUUGUCUAAUUAAGCCUCCUUUUCUUCACUCUGCUUAUCUCACAGCUGUUGGGUGUGGUUUGUUGUCACUGUUGGAGUCAGGAAGAGAACCUUCCACAUGAGUGUUGGCCCCAUUUCCUUCUGAUGUUCAUCUGUCACUUACAUGAUUUUCUAGAAAACACAGUCUUGAGAAAGUUCAUUCAGAAUCCACAUCUGUCACUCCCUCUAGAAAAAGGUUCAGAAGAGGUGAAGUACAAAACAAAUUUCCUCUUUGGGUCUACUGGGCUCUUUGUACAUGUCUCCAUUCUUUAAAUGUUAACACUAUGCAACAGAAGUUUUCAAGACGUUUCCCUCCCAGUUCUGGAUGGUUUUGAUUAAAACACUUUUUCCAUCUCUCUGUUCCCAGGGUUCACCACCCUGAGUCACAAUAAACAAUGGAAAAAAGGCACAAUAGGAUACUUUUUUAUUCUGUGAUUAGCCCCACAUUCUGCAAAGGGUGGCUAUUGAAGGGAAAGCAAAACUGAGCUGAUUUUUCUUCAUUCUGGGGAAGAGGGCCAUUAAUUGUAACAUAAUAUUCAGUUCAGGAGACAACUUCAAUCUCAGAGAAUUCCCAAAUUCACACUGAAAAAUACAGGCCAUUUCUGUUUCUGAAACAAAUGGAUGGAGAUAUAUAUAUAUAUAUAUAUAUAUAUAUAUAUAUAUAUAUAUAUGUAUA